CAAUGUUGCCGGCGCGGCCACGCGUCCUUAAGCUAGGUUAGGUUUUUGUAACUUGUAUUUUUUUGUAGAUUUCUGAAAGUUCUCUGUACAAUAAACUUAUUGAAUUGGCAUAGCAGUGUUUUUGUUCCCUCGUCCCAGUCAUUUCACAACAUCUGGCGCACCAACGAGGCACUGACUGAAGUUAUCGAAGUCAGGUUAUUGAAACCCAAGAAAUGACACGAAGGACACCCACCUAUUUUACAAGAAGUAAGAAGAAGGAAGAGCAAAAGGCAAUGUAUAGUCAACUAGAGGAUUCAGGCGAGGAGAUUGGAGCCGCUGCACUAUUUGGGAGUCCCACAGGAGCAAUAAAGAAACAAGGAAUGGCUCAAAGCAAGGAAAUCACACCAGCUAAGAUAAGUACUUGUAACUCGCCUGCUACCCCUCCUACUGCUUUGCAUGUGCAAAAUAGAGUGCUUGUAGACGAGCAUGACCCAAACCGUGAUGGGCAUUGGGGAAGAACUCACAGCCCAAAUCCUCCUACUGCUUUGCAUGUGCAAAAUAGAGUGCUUGUAGACGAGCAUGACCCAAACCGCGAUGGGCAGUGGGGAAGAACUCACAGCCCAAAUCCUGGCUUAUCGCUUUUGUACCAUAACCCCCCACAGAAUAAAAAAAUUACUAACAAUAAUAUAAUAAAUAAUUUUAACAAUGUAGAUGUAGAAAAAACUAAUGAUAAUAGUUUUAGAGACAGAGGUAAGCGUAAUACUACCGUUUUUCCCCACGUUUGUUCUAUUGAAAACGUAGAUAAAGAAGUUUGUGAAAUAAAAAUUAUUGGUUUAAAAGCAGCAGAUGAUUCAAAAACCAUUUUUUAUGUUGUAUCCAUCAGUCAGCCGGCACAGUGGUGGCCGAUGCAAGCGUAUGGUAUCUCUUGCUUUAAAUAUGCAACUGUUAUUAGUUAUAAUCAAAUUAAUAAGGCCAAACGUAAUAAUGAUUCAGAUUAUGUACCAGGGCUAUCCAGUGAAUUAGGCAAUACAAGUGGAAGGGAGUUGGAUCCUAGUUACGAAGAUACCCAAAUUACUCAAUCUAGUAAAAAAGUACACAUCUUGUCCAAUGUUUUAUUGGUAGCCCCUGCAAGUGUUAAUCAGGCAGACUUAAAUACUCCAAAUUAUUCAAAUGUUGAGGAAGAAGACUGUACAGGGAAUCGUCAGAAGAAUGUAUCUGAUAUAGAACCUGAAGAAAUCGAGUUUAACUCUGUCCAGGUCUUCAUUCGAGAAAAUAUUUUACAAAAGAUUAUAGAUAAAGCAGUGGAAAAAGCAGAAAGUAAACUCUAUACAAAAAUUAGAGAAAUAAGAAAAAGAACCACUAGUUAA